UCGCCCCUGUUCUUUGCCUCUCGUUUUGUUGGUGAAGAUAUCACAGUGAUGUCUGCAUUCAACCUGCUGCAUCUGGUGACAAAGAGCCAGCCAGUAGCCCUGCGAGCCUGUGGGCUUCCCUCAGGGUCAUGUAGGGAUAAAAAGAACUGUAAGGUGGUCUUUUCCCAGCAGGAGCUGAGGAAGCGGCUCACACCCCUGCAGUACCAUGUCACUCAGGAGAAAGGAACGGAAAGUGCCUUUGAAGGAGAAUACACACAUCACAAAGAUCCUGGAAUAUAUAAAUGUGUUGUUUGUGGAACUCCAUUGUUCAAGUCAGAAACCAAAUUUGACUCCGGUUCAGGGUGGCCUUCGUUCCAUGAUGUGAUCAGCUCUGAGGCAAUCACAUUCACAGACGACUUUUCCUAUGGGAUGCACAGAGUGGAAACCAGCUGCUCUCAGUGUGGUGCUCACCUUGGGCACAUUUUUGAUGACGGACCUCGUCCAACCGGCAAAAGAUACUGCAUCAAUUCAGCUUCCCUGUCGUUCACACCUGCAGAUAGCAGUGGCGGAGCAGCCGAAGGCAGCAGUGGGGUUGGUAGCCCCGCCCAGGCAGACAAAGCAGAGCUGUAGAGUAGCGGAGAGUGAUGGAAACAAAGUGUACUUAAUGCACAGCUUAUUAAAAAAACUAAAAAUCGUC